AUGUCGCUAGGGAUUACUGUCAUCUCAUCGACGGAUGAGACUACUGCCAACUUGACGGCUCCAUGGUACGGAGCUUCCCCCACAAGUGUGCCGUACGAAAUGCAUAGACGAGGGUGGGAGGAAUGUUUGCGGUGCGGGGGUGCUGAGCGGCUAGGAGCUAUUGUUGACGUCGUCGACGAUCUAACCGAGCUGGACUCCGACGGAGCGAGCAAAAUUCUUGACGCUGUCAGAGCGCAUGGUAUGAUUGUUAUCAAAGGCCAGAAUCUAAGUCGUGCCGAGCAAGUGGAAUUCACAAGUAAGCUCGGGGAAGUUAUCGUGCUUCCCAGCUCUUUCGAAGGCAAAGAUCCGGAACCGUUUCAUCCCGCAAUUCAACGAAUUACAAACUUCUGGGCCGACGGUACCUGGAAAGGGCCAUCCGCUAAACUCGGUGCGUACUGGCAUCAGGAUGGACAAUUCUGGGUACCGCCUAAGCAUAACGUACUGAGUAUUCUGCAUGCUCAGGCCACCCCGCCAAAAGGGGGCGAAACGGGCUUUGCCGAUUUAAGGGGCGCGCGUGCGACUCUAUCCCAACCACUCCUGGAACGCGCUUCACGGGCAUCUAUCCAAGUAUCCGUACGCGAUAUUGCCGAUUUCGCCAAAGGCAGCGAAGAAGACCUGGCGCAAUUCCCUGACGCUUCACACGCCAUUCUGCAAUCUCACCUUCUCGACGGCGGGCCGCUCUUGUAUGUGGGGUCACCGCACAUGAAGGUCCAGGGAUUGGAAAGCGCCGAAGCUGGUAAGGCGUUGUUGGAAAUGCUCUUAGCUCACGCCACGUCUCCGGCCUUUACAUACUUUCACGCGUGGGACGUUGGUGACGUGAUUGUGUGGGACAACACACAAACUUUGCACCAUGCCAUGCCAUACAACAAUGAUGGAACCGUGAAGCGGGAGUUGUACCGCACGCAGUGUCGAUUAAAUCUGUCGGAAAACGCUGACAAGGAAGAAUUGUAG